AUGGACGACACGUUGUUGUACGCGGCGCGCGACAAGCAAGCCCGCUGGCUCAAACGAGGUGGCAAGAUCAACAGCACCGACAAGGACGGACGAACGCUUCUGUACAAAGCGGCUCAAAAAGGCCUUUACGACACCGCCAAGUUCCUUCUUGAGAACAAAGCCAAUGUCCACCAAGCCAAGAGCGACGGGUCGACACCGUUGCACGUGGCGUGUCGAGAAGGACACGUCAAGAUCGUCGAGUUGCUUCUCAAGUACAAAGCCGACACGAGCGUAGCCAUGAACGAAGGCACCGUACCGCUCUACGCUGCGAGUCGAAACGGGCACCGAGCCGUCGUCAAAGCGCUUCUUGCUGCCAAAGCCGACGUCAACCACGUCGUGAUCGGUGGCAAGACGGCGAUGCAGGUGGCCUCGCGCAAUGGUCAUCGCCAAGUUGUCGAGCUGCUUCUUCGCGCAGGUGCUCGCGUCGACGAACCUCUGACGCGCGAGUACAGCUACGAGGGCCGGACCGUUCCAACGGGCUCGACGUCCCUCUCGGUAGCCAUCAUGUUCGGUCACAGCGAUAUCGUCGCUUUGCUUGGUCGCCCGCCCAGCGUCCCUACCCCCGCCCCGGCGCGGCCUUGCCCCCCUCUGCCCAGCGCGACAGCUCAGCGAACGUCGAUGAGUCAUGGACUUGUGCACGACGCAGUGCGCGGCGGUGUGACGCAGGACCUCAACAAGGCGCUGCGCGCACCAGACGUCGACCUCACUGCGCGCAACGCGAACAAUGAGACGGCGCUGAUCUUGGCCAUCAAGCUGCACCACCGCCACUUCCCGCAACUCAUCUACCAUGCCAUGCAUCAUCCUGGCAUCGUCGAGGUUCCAGAACAUGAGAUUGAAGUCGACUAUCAGCGACGACUUGGUUGUGGUGGUACCGGCUAUAUCAACCGCGGGCUAUUUCGCGGCAAGCGCGUGGCCGUCAAGCAAGGUCGGCCGUCCGGCGCCCAAAGUCUUCGCCGAGAAAUCCGCGCCAUGGAAACAUGCAACUCGCCGUACUUGCUCGAGCUCAUCGCAGUUUCGGGCUGGAGCACGCAACAUCCCAAGCUCGUGCUCGAAUACAUGGACAGCGGCAACCUCCGCGAGUACCUCGACAAGAAGCGAGAUGGUGAGUCCGUCUCGAUUGAGUACCAACCGGAAGAUGUGGCGUGGGUGAUGGCGAGUGCGCUUGCCGACUUGCACCGGAAUGGCUUCGUCCACCGCGAUCUCAAGAGCCUCAACGUCCUUCUCUCUUCGGAGAGUUAUAUCAAGGUCGCCGACUUUGGUCUCACAAGAGAGUUUGAGGAGAACAUGACCACGGAGGUCGGCACCCCAGCGUGGAUCGCACCGGAAGUUCUCAUGUCCGGCGGCACGUACGACGCUGCAGCCGACGUUUACUCGUUUGGCGUCGUCUUGAUCGAGCUCGUGACGCUUCGAGUGCCCUACGCGGGCUUGAGUCGGUACCAAAUCGCACCAGGAGUCCUCAAUGGCACGCUGCGUCCGAACGACAACUUGUCCAUCUUUGCUGAUGUUCCCGAGUGGCUCACGCAGCUCAUUGACGAUUGCGUGGCGUUUGAUCCGACGCGGCGCCCGACCGCCAACGCGAUCCUCGACCGUCUCGCUUUGCACGGUGCCGUCGACGCAACGUCGCCGCACGUUGUGGACCGGAUGAUGCCGACAAUGACCUAAGACGAUGCGAUGAUGGCUUUCUUCAGCCAACGCACAUGCUUGUGACUCUUGACCGAGCAAUUUCAUAACGUUCUGCGGGCACAAGAACUACUGUUUCGUGAAGUCAUGACAACCCUGCGUGUCGCAGACGUUAACUAUAGUUUUGUCAUUUUGGAACCGACUAUAUGACAAAUUUGUCGAU